CCGCACGCCGCCGACGAUGGCUGCCUCCUCCUCGCACUCGCGCGACUCGCUCAGCACGUCCGACGAGCCGCGCCACAACGACGACGCCGAGGCGCGCUACACGCUCGUGCUCACGCGCCGCUCCGACGAUCCCGCGCGCGAUGCGGCGUCGCUGCCGCGCGACCAGCUGCCGUCGCACCACGUGCCGACGCUCGUCGCCCGGGCGGCGCGCGUGCGCAGCGUCGUGCGCUCCGCCGUGGCCAAGGUCAAGCCGGGCGACAAGGCCAAGACGCACGACUAUCUCAACGACGGCGCGCUCGCGGCACUGACGUUCCAGAACCCGUGGGAUAGCUUCCGCAAGCCCACGGUGCACGACAUGAUCAACGGAGGUCUCAAGUGGGGCCUGCCGCGCGGCUACGACGAGGGCGAGGGCAAGGGCAAGUACCGCGGCAAGGGCAAGGCGGCAGACAAGCGCCUGCAGGAGCUCGGCGAGAGCCUGCGCGACAUUGCCGUGCGCAAGCCAGACUGGGGCGAAGGGCUAGACGACGGAGGACAGGGCGUGCGCGUGACGUGGCUCGGACACGCCACGACCUUGAUAUCCUUUCCGCCGCUCGGCAGCGCGCCGGACGGCAGCAAGCGUGCCUUCAACGUGCUCAUAGACCCCGUGUUCAGCGAGCGCUGCUCCCCGUCACAGACGGCCGGACCGAUCCGCUUCACGCCGGCCCCAUGUUCCAUCGACGACGACAAUUUCCCCUUGAUCGACUGCUGCCUGAUCAGCCACUCGCACUACGACCACCAGGACUACAACUCGCUGCGCGACCUGCUGCGGACACGCGGCUCGGCACUCAACGUGCUCGUGCCGCUGGGCAACAAGCACUGGUUCACCGAGUCCGGCUUUGCCGACGACCAGGUCUCCGAGCUUGACUGGUGGGACGAGGCGGCGAUCGAGUUCGGCGGCGCAUCGCGCAUGCGCAUCGUGUGCACGCCGGCGCAGCACGGCUCUGGGCGGGGCGCCGGCGACAAGGACGUCACGCUCUGGAGCAGCUGGCUUAUCGAGCGCGUGGCCAGCGAGGACGAGCGCUAUCGCGUCUUCUUCGCCGGCGACACGGGCCUGCGGUUUAAGAACGAGAACCGCAAGCCGCGCUCGGCGUAUCCCGUGUGCCCCGCCUUCCGCGAGAUCAGCAUCCGCUACGGCGUGCCGCAUCUGCUGCUGCUCCCCAUCUCUGUGGGCUCGAGCCUGAGCUACGUACGGUCCUUCGAUCCCUUUCCUCGCGCUUACAGUCCUUGGCCCCGCGUCGAGUCGCCCCUCACGAGCGCGAUCCACAUGGACGGGCAGGACAGCGUCGACUGCGCCAAGAUCAUGCGGCUGGAGGGCGAGACGGACGAUGCCGCCGUCAAGGCACGCAAGCGGGGGCCCAGGUCAGGCCCGACGUGUCUCGCCGUCCACUACGGCACGUUCGUGCGCAACGCGGCACAAACACGCGGGGACCUGCGCAUGCUCUUUGACGCAUGCGAGCGCGACGGCAUGCGCUUCAUCCGCACCCACGACGGGCACUACGACGCCGCGGCGUCGCCCAGCGGCAAGGGCCGCUUCCUCGUCUCGGACCAGGGCGAGACUGUCUCGCUGCCGCUCGACGCCUGA